AUGGCAAGCACCGAUACAAGUAACAUUCACAUAUUCAAAGGCACUGUUGAAGAUUUCAAGAAGUUUGUUGCUGAUGCAAACAACUCUCUUGUCGUUGCAAAUUUCUGGGCUCAGUGGUGUGCUCCAUGCCGUAGAUUGGCUGGUAUGUUCCCACAGAUGGCUUCCGAUAACAGCACAGUUAAAUUCGUCAAGAUUGAUGUAGAUGAAAAUCCAGAGCUUGCAGAACUCUACGAAAUCACUGGCAUUCCAAAUGUCAGACUUUUCAAGGGCGUUGAUGCUAAGAAGAACCCAAUCCAAGUUGGUGAAAUACAGGGUCUUGAUAAUCCUCAAUUGCGUGAUGCUAUUAAUACCAACAAAUAA